AAAUCCACCAUCACUCAAACCAAACAAAAUACUGCAAAUUAUCUAAAAAUCGGGUGAUUGGAAUCCGGUAAAAAUCCCCGAAUGAAGGUGCAUUCGGAACAACCGCCCGGGAAGGACGAACCCGGUCCGAUCAGAAGGUUUCUGGAAAACCGCCUGAUCGGAAAUUUCGAUUCCGAAGAUUUCUCAGAUGCGUGGAAGAAAAAAUUCGCCCACGCGCCGACUUGGUGUGAUGCAGACAUGUCUCUUCAGCAGAUUAAGCGGGGUAAAGCCGUUGGAAACACCGUUGCGCUCACCGCCAGAGCAUUUUUCCAAUUAUGGUUGUUCAGGAUAGGAUGUUUUGUGCAACGAUGGGCUUGGUCCACUAUUUUUAUCAGUUUAUUCCUCUACUGCCUCUGCCUCGGAGGCCUUCGCCACGUCACAAUCGAAACCGAUCUCGUGAAACUUUGGGUGUCAGAAGGUGGACGGCUGAAUGAAGAAAUGGGAUAUCUCGGCCAAGUUAAAUUUGAACGAGAAUCCGGACACCUAGUGCAUAAAGUGAAAAGAGCCGUCGAACAGACUACGGAGCCGCCGGCACCGGCAGUGAAGGCAGAAGUCCGGCGUGGUCCCGAGCUGCCAAAGGAAAACGGAUUGGGAGGAGGUUUUCAGGUGGUAAUCCAAACUCCGUCCUUCGAUGGUCAGAAUAUUCUCUCCAAGGAGGCUCUGCAGCAGCAUACCAAGUUGAUGGAGGAAAUUUCUACGUAUGAAGUGAAAAUGUUCAAUGAAACCUGGACCCUCUCCGACAUCUGCUUCAAGCCGCCAGGCCCAUCUUUCAACAGUGGCCCGCUGGCUGGAAUCAUGUCCAAGCUCCUUGACAAGAUCAUUCCAUGCAUCUGGAUCACACCGAUCGAUUGCUAUUGGGAUGGUGCAAAGCCACUGGGACCAAAUCCUCCGUUGAACUUGGGCCCAGAAGUCGCCAGCUUCGUGUCCUCCCUCCCACCUGGCAACGUUACCUGGAAGAACUUGAAUCCAACAUCUGUCAUCAAAGAGGUCGGCACCCUAUUCGACUUGGGACCCAUCGGCAACUUUUUCGAAAGAGCCGGUAUUGACGGAGCCUACCUCGACAGGCCAUGCAUUGACCCACUGGAGGAGGAAUGCCCAAAGUCUGCUCCGAACUACUUCGAUAGGUGUCAUGCACUGACAAAGUUUAACGAGUGGAAUAUGGCAAAGGCCAUGAGCGAGCAGGUCACCCUGGAGCGCAAAAUAAUCCCAAAGGACGAUGGAAAGUCAGACAUCGCCGAAACGAUUCUCAACGACAUUUUUGGAAAGAAGAGAAGGAAGCGACAAGCGGAUACUACGACCAAGAAGCCUGCCACGAAAAAAGACGAAGACUACUACGAGUACGAAGACGACGCGGACUACCUAGCAGGAAUCGCCAACUCCACAAUCGCCAAGAAGAAUCCGGAAAAGGAAGCCAAGGACCUUCUGUGCCUUGAGUACGGAAGCUCACUUCUCAAGUGGAUGCAGGAGAAUCCCGAGAGACUCGGCGAGUUCUUGACCAAGGAGGAGAUGCCAGAUUACCCGAACUAUGGAGAUGUGAUGACCGGUGGAUGUAAGGGAUUCGGAAAGAAGAUCAUGGAGUGGCCGGAGGACUUGAUCAUUGGAGGAAUCCAGCGGGACAAUGGGAAGUUGGUGUCAGCAGAGGCCCUGCAAUCCGUGUUCCUGGUCUCAGGAGCCUAUGACGUGUUUGCCAGAAUCAAGAACGACAAAACCGACAGCCACCCCGGCCUUGACCGCCACCACUUCCAACCAUGGAUGGCUGGAGAGAUCAUCAGCACGUGGCAGAGAAACUUCACCAAGCGACUCUACAGCCAUGAGCUCAACCGUGAACGCCGUCAGUUCCACCCCCUAGCUUCCACCUCAAUCGCUGACAUGCUCGAGGAGUUCUCCCAGUUCAACUACAUCAUCAUCGUCAUCGGAUACAUCUUGAUGGUGAUCUACGCCGCGUUUACCCAGGGAAGGUUCCAAGGAUGGUGGCUGGCUGUGCAGUCAAAUGUGGCAUUGGCAAUUUGCGGAGUUAUCCUGGUUACUAUAUCAUCGAUUUGUGGAUUAGGAUUCGCUACUCAUCUUGGGAUCAAUUUCAAUGCAGCGACAACUCAAGUUGUGCCAUUCCUUUCCUUAGGUCUAGGAAUCGAUGAUAUGUUCCUCCUUCUGCAUAACUACGAUGAAAUCAUCAAUAUUUGCAACAAAAACGAGAUCGGAGUAUUGCUAAAAGAGACCGGAAUGUCUGUGAUGUUGACCUCUAUCAACAACAUUCUCGCCUUCAUCUCGGGAUACGUUCUCCCGAUCCCUGCUCUACGAUCCUUCUGCUCCCAAACCGCGAUUCUCCUUGCCUUCAACUUGAUCUUCCUCAUGUUCAUCUUCCCAGCAAUGAUCGGAAUCGAUCUGAGAAGACAGCGAAAAGGAAAAAGAGAUUUGGCCUACUGCAGUCGAGGAAACCCACAAAUGGCGACUAGUCAAAGUGUGCCGAGCAAUGUUUCAAAUAACACGCAGAUGUCAUCACGUGCCGAGUUGGCUGGCUACGAGAAGCAGGCCGACGAGUAUAAGCGUCACGAGCCGUGGUACACCGUCGGAGGAUUCCUCAACAAGAUCUACAUUCCGGCACUCAAGAAUAAUGUUGUUAAGGCUUGCGUUCUCAUCGGAACUACCACCGCCGUCGUCUUCGGACUCUACGGAAUGUACACCUCGACUCUCGGUCUCGAGCUCGCCGACGUGCUUCCAGAGCACACCCCACCAGCGGCCUUCCUUCGUGCUCGCGAGCAAUACUUCUCCUUCUACCCGAUGUUUGCAGUUCUUCGUGGUGACAAGCUUGACAUUCCGAACCAACAGCAACUUAUCGAAGAGUACAGAGCACAGUUGGGAUCUUCAAAGUUUAUGAUCAAGGCUGAAGGUAAACUUCAACCCUACUGGAUGUCUAUGCUCAGAGUCUGGCUGCAAUCUUUGGACAUGGCCUUGGAAAAAGACCUCGCCGCUGGCAAAUUCGAUUUGACAAAUGGAAAUCCUAUCAAGGUGAACGGAGAGAAGCCAAGUCCCGAAUCGAUGAUCGCGGCUAGACUUGUAUGCUCCUUCGGCACCAACUACAACUGUGACGGGCGGCUCGGAAAGAUGAAGAUGGUGGAAAAUGAGGUUAUUAAUCCAGAAGGAUUCUAUAACUAUCUGACGGGAUGGUUCAACGUUGACAACAUGAUGUACUACGUGUCCCAGGCUUCAUUCUAUCCAACACCACCUGGAUGGGAGUAUAAUGAGAAGCUCGCCAAGGUGGUUCCGGCUGCCGAGCCAUUGUUGUACUCACAGAUGCCGUUUUAUCAGAAUGAUUUGAUCGAUACACCAGCGAUUGUAAAAAUGAUUGAGGAAAUCCGUGCCACUUGCGAGGAAUACUCCGAACGAGGCCUUUCCAACCAUCCAUCGGGUAUCGCCUUCACCUUCUGGGAGCAAUAUCUUACUUUGAGAUGGAACUUGUUCCAAGCCAUCUGCAUCAUCGCGCUCGCCGUGUUCUGUGUCAUUUCAAUUCUAAUGUUCAAUCCAUGGGCAGCCACUCUUAUCAUGUGCAUCGUAGUGAUCACUACCAUCGAGCUGGGAGGAUUCAUGGGGCUUAUGGGCAUCAAGAUGAACCCGAUUUCCGCUGUAACCCUCAUCUGUGCCGUCGGAAUCGGUGUCGAGUUCACUGCUCACGUCGAGUUGGCCUUCCUGACAGCUCUAGGAACCAUCGAUCAACGCCUGGAGUCUUGCCUCCAGCACAUGUUCGUGCCAGUCUAUCACGGAGCCAUCUCAACGUUCCUCGGAGUUGUGAUGCUUGUGUUCUCCGAGUUCGACUUCGUCGUCACCUACUUCUUCUACACAAUGACGUUGCUGGUAGCGUUGGGUGUGUUCAACGGGUUGUGUGUUCUUCCAGUGAUCCUUACGCUGGUCGGCCCGAAGCCUGAGCUGACACCAACCGAUGGUAGCAGUGUGCUUCCACCACCUCCACCAUUGCGGCAGCAGUACGCUGAGAAGAGUGGAGGUGUGGAAGGUGGGAUGAGGAAACGGAAGGAGAAGAGGCCUGCGGAGGUCGAAAUGUCGGCUCGCGACUCUCCAUCAACAUCCUCAGCGUCCCAUUCUUCUGAUGACGAGUCAUCGCCAGCGCACAAGUAAUAAAACAAUACAAUGUUAUCCCAAUUUUUCCUUUUUUCUUGCCAAACGGGUCACCGUUCCCCCCACCAAUUGUUUUUUUUUGUUUUUUGUCCCUUUUUCGAAAAAGUUUCUCGGUAGAUUUUGACCCAAUUCUUGCAUAUCUGUACUAUAUGGUUUUUGUUUUCACCACACUUUUUUUCUAAAAUUAAAGAAUUCUAAAAUCUC